UAUAAAUUCCGGGAUCUAACCAUUGAAGAACUGAAGAGUGUAAAUGAAUCGUACCCAAACACUACAUUCUCCAUGAACACCUAUACUUUUAAGGAUGGGUCCCAGAAAGAUCUUCUGAAUCUUAGUGGCACUGUCCCAGUGAAAUAUCAGGGUAAUUCUUAUAACAUUCCAGUUCGCCUGUGGAUUUUAGAUUCUCAUCCUUUUACUCCUCCAAUUUGCUUUUUGAAGCCCACUGCAAACAUGGGGAUUUCAGUGGGAAAGCAUGUAGAUGCACGUGGAAGGAUAUACUUGCCGUAUCUACAGAACUGGAGCCAUCCACAGUCAAUGAUUAAAGGAUUGUUAAAGGAAAUGACUAUCAAAUUUGAACAGGAACUCCCUCUGUACUCAUUAUCAUCUUCUGAUGCAGCCAGACAGACGGAACUGUUGUCAUAUAUUGCCAAGUUCACUGAAGGUGAAAACGAUGUACAGUCAAGGAGUAAGGGAGAUGAGAAGAAAAGCAGUGGAGGAUUUAAUAAAGUGACCAUUAUUGGAGCAGGAGAUCUGGGUCUUGCUUGUAUACUAGCUAUUUCUGCAAAGGGCGUUGCUGACAAGGUGGUUGUCUUGGACUGUUCAGAAAGUACAAUAAAAGGAGGAACAAUGGAUUUUGAAAUCUUUGCCCUCCCAAAUGUGGAAAUCAGUAGAGAUUUUUCUGCCACAAAAGAUUCCAAAGUGGUGGUGCUUACAGUGAAUUCUUUAGGCAAUGCUCAGUCCUAUCGGGAUGUCGUGCAGAACAAUGUGGAUCUGUUCAGAGGCAUCAUCCCAUCAGUAGCACACUAUAGUCAAAAUAGUAUACUGCUUGUGGCGUCCCAUCCAGUGGAAAUAAUGACAUAUGUAUCAUGGAAGAUGAGUGGAUUUGCCAAAAGCAGAGUAAUUGGGAUUGGUUGCAACCUGGACUCAGCAAGAUUUCAAUAUAUUAUUGCAAACCUGUUGAAAUCACAGUCCGGAGGCAAAGAUACUUGGAUCAUUGGUGAACAAGGGGAAAACAAAGUGCCAGCAUGGACUACUUCUAAUUCAAGGACGAGUCAUCAGAGUGAAGAUUUAACCAAUCGUAAUGCCCAGCAGCUGUUGACUGAAAGAGCCAUGGAAGUUCUGAAAGGAAAAGGCCAAAGAUCGUGGUCUGUUGGUCUGUCAAUAGCUGAUCUGAUUGAUAGUAUUGUGAAUGAUAAAAGGAAAGUACAUUCCUUAUCAACUCUAGUAAAGGGGUGCUACAAUAUCAAUUGUGAAGUGUUUUUAAGUAUGCCUUGUGUACUUGGUAUCAAUGGAGUAACUGAAGUUAUCGAACCACCAGACGAGGAUACUGUGGCAGAGAAACUACAAUCCAGCGCUGCAUCAAUUCAUGAUCUUCAAGAGCAACUGAAACUUUGAACAUUUUACAGUCCUUGAACUUGUCCCUAAAUAUUUGAAAGCUGC